CAGGCAGACAUGCAGCCAGGGCCCCAGGGCCUGGACAGGGCCCUCCAGGCCCCGUGACGGGAGGACCCCGAGCCCCUGGCCCGGGGAGGGGGCCAUGGUGCUGCCUGCCCGACAUGUCAGCCGAGGUGCGGCUGAGGCGCCUUCAGCAGCUGGUGCUGGACCCCAGCUUCCUGGGGCUGGAGCCCCUGCUCGACCUUCUCCUGGGCGUCCACCAGGAGCUGGGCGCCUCUGACCUGGCCCAGGACAAGUAUGUGGCCGACUUCUUGGAGUGGGUGGAGCCCAUCGCGGAGAGGCUUAAGGAGGCCCGACUGCAGAGGGAUGACUUCGAGAUUCUGAAGGUGAUCGGACGCGGGGCGUUCAGCGAGGUGGCGAUGGUGAAGAUGAAGCAGACGGGCCAGGUGUACGCCAUGAAGAUCAUGAAUAAGUGGGACAUGCUGAAGAGAGGCGAGGUGUCGUGCUUCCGCGAAGAGAGGGAUGUGUUGGUGAACGGGGACCAGCGCUGGAUCACGCAGCUGCACUUCGCCUUCCAGGAUGAGAACUACCUGUACCUGGUCAUGGAGUACUACGUGGGCGGGGACCUGCUAACGCUGCUGAGCAAGUUUGGGGAGCGGAUCCCGGCCGAGAUGGCGCGCUUCUACCUGGCCGAGAUUGUCAUGGCCAUAGACUCGGUGCACCGGCUGGGCUACGUGCACAGGGACAUCAAACCGGACAACAUCCUGCUGGACCGCUGCGGCCACAUCCGCUUGGCAGACUUCGGCUCCUGCCUCAAGUUGCAGGCGGAUGGAACGGUGCGGUCACUGGUGGCUGUGGGCACCCCGGACUACUUGUCUCCCGAGAUCCUGCAGGCCGUGGGCGGUGGGCCCGGGACUGGCAGCUACGGGCCCGAGUGUGACUGGUGGGCGCUGGGCGUGUUCGCCUAUGAAAUGUUCUACGGGCAGACGCCCUUCUACGCCGACUCCACAGCUGAGACCUACGGCAAGAUCGUGCACUACAAGGAGCACCUGUCUCUACCGCUGGCAGACGCAGGAGUCCCUGAUGAGGCUCGCGAUCUCAUCCAGCAGCUGCUGUGUCCCCCCGAGAUGCGCCUGGGCCGGAAUGGGGCAGGCGAUUUCCAGAAGCAUCCUUUCUUCUUUGGCCUUGACUGGGACAGCCUCCGAGACAGCGUGCCCCCCUUUACGCCGGAUUUCGAGGGUGCCACGGACACGUGCAACUUCGAUGUGGUGGAAGACGGGCUCACUGCCAUGGUGAGCGGGGGCGGGGUAGGUACCUGCGAUCCCUGGUCUGCAGAGGGUACCCCCGCAUCCGACCGCCGUAACACCGAGGAGACGCUGUCGGAUAUGCAGGAAGGCAUGCCACUGGGGGUCCACCUGCCUUUCGUGGGCUACUCCUCCUAUUCCUGCAUGGCCCUUGGGGAUGAUGAGAUCCCGGGCUCCAUGCCCAUGGAACUGGAGGCCGAGGCGUUGCCUGAGCCAUUGCAAGAGCCCAGCCUGGAACCCACGGUGCCCCCACCAGAGGAAACGGCUGAAGCGGCAGUUCCGAAGGCCAUUCCGGAGGCCAUUCCGGAGGCGGUGGCAGAGGCCGAGGUGACGCUGCGGGAACUCCAGGAGGCCCUGGAGGAGGAGGUGCUUACCCGACAGAGCCUGAGCCAGGAGCUGGAGGCCAUCCGAACGGCCAACCAGAACUUCGCCAGCCAACUCCGCGAGGCCCAGGCCCGUAACCGAGACCUGGAGGCGCACGUCCGGCAGCUGCAGGAGCGGAUGGAGUUGCUUCAGGCCAGGGGAGCCGCAGCUGUCACAGGGGUCCCCAGUCCCCGGGCCACGGAUCCACCUUCCCAUGUAAGACCCCUCUUUUUCCCCUGCGUCAAGCCUGCUGCCCCCUUUGCAGACUCUGUCUCCAUCUCCCCGUACCCCUGUCCAGACUUAGAGGUUCACCCCUACCUCUUUGAGGUUCCAGUCAGCAGACACCCUCCAUUCAUGCCCAAAUCUACCAGAUCUCCCUCGGUUCAGGCCUCUCACCAAAUCCCAUCCAGGAUCUCCCUAGAUGACCUCCCCGACCUCGACUCCCCUCGCUGUCUCUUGCACCCCGCCGAGGGCGGCCGUGCCGAGCUGGGCUCGGAUCGGGUCACCUGUCCCUUCUCUCUCCAGCUAGAUGGCCCCCCGGCCGUGGCUCUGGGCCAGUGCCCGCUGGUGGGGCCAGGCCCCAUGCACCGCCGCCACCUGCUGCUCCCUGCCAGGGUCCCUAGGCCUGGCCUAUCGGAGGCGCGUUCCUUGCUCCUGUUCGCCUCUGCUCUGGCUGGUGCCGCCGCCCUGGGCUGCAUUGGGUUGGUGGCCUGCGCCGGCUAUCUUGCCGCAGUCUGACCCCGCCCGGGAUCCGCCUUCGCCGCCUGAACCCUAGAACCCGAGCCUGUCCUCCACUCGGGCUCCGCUGGAGGGUUUGGAGACCCAGGCACGGCCCAGAAGCCACUCCCACCGCCCCCCAGUUCACAGCACUCCGAGCGUGGGUUUCCGCCCCAGCUCCAGCCCUGUGAUCCGGGCCCGCCCCCUGGCGGCCGGGGAAGGAGGAGCCGGGGCCGCGGCUCCAGGGAGGCUUGUAGCCGGGAAUGCUGCUGCUGCUGCUGCUGCUGGGGGGAUCGCGGACCUCUUCCUUUCUCCGGCCUAGCCGAGGCUCCCGACGUGGAUGGGCAAGCUGCGACCUAGAGAAGGCAGCAGGGCCAAGGCUCGGCAUCUGUUUUUCACCCUCCAGGCACCCCACCCACAUCGGCUUGCAAACCACAAAUCCUCCUUGUGCAUGAGGCCCUGCCCUCCCGGGAAGACUCUCUUUCCGCGGUGAACGUCUAGCGCGAGCUCCUCCUUUGCCUUUUGACAGUCCCGCUUUUUUCGGGGACUCUCGCGCCCUCUUCACGUGCGCUGCUCUCGGAGCCACAGCCGGCUCUGCCCGCCUCGGCAGCAUGGGUAUUUAUUGACCUUUCCUCCGACCCGCUGACAGGCUCCAGGACCCCAGCACCCUAAUCCACGUUUUGGAUGCACUGAGACCCCGACAUUCCUCGGUAUUUAUUGUCUUUCCCCACCUAGGACCCCACCCCCGAUCCUCGCGAAUAAAAGGCCCUCUCGUCUGCCCAAAA